AUGGAACGUGAUUUCAAAGAAGAUGCGGAAUAUCCAAAGAUGUUAGACAAUAUAGAUCCUUUGAGACAAUUCAAGCACAGAUUCUAUCAACCAGAAGGUGAAAACUAUCUAUGCGGUCAUUCAAUUGGAUUAACUUCAAUAAACGCUGAGAAGAAAUUAAUAAAACUAUUGGAACUUUGGAAGAAAGACGGCAUUGGAUUUUGGUCGUACGGUAACUCUAAAUAUAUGAAAUAUUCUAGUAUUCUAGCUGAAUUAAUGGCGCCUUUGAUCAAAGUACAGCCGAAUGAAAUUGUUAUAUCAGGAUCUUGUACUUCUAAUAUUCAUGUAGCUAUGUGUACAUUAUAUAAACCGACAUGUAACAAAUACAAAGUUUUAGUUGAUGAUAUUAAUUUUGCUUCAGAUAGAUACGCCGUUGACAGUCAAGUAAAACUAAAAGGACUAAAUCCGGUAAAUGCAGUCAAAGUAGUUAACAGUCAAGGAAAUUUUAUGAACGAAGAUCUAAUUAUAAACUCGAUGACGCCAGAUGUCGCUUUACUCCUCCUUCCUGCUGUUUACUAUAAAACAGCACAAUUUUUACAAUUAAAGAAAAUCUGUGAAAAAGCAAACGAAUUUAAUAUAAUUAUAGGAUUAGAUUUGAGCCAUGCGAUAGGUGUUGUAGAUCUACAUUUGGAGAUUUUGAAUAUAGAUUUCGCUGUUUGGUCCGCGUAUAAAUACCUAAAUGGAGGACCUGGGUCUUGUGCCGGUUUGUACAUAAAUAAAAAACACUUCCAUCUAACUCCGGGUCUCGCGGGCUGGUACGGAAACAGAAACGAAACACGUUUACAAUUCAAGCAAGAAUUCGAUCAACAGAGAGACGCUAAUGGUUGGCAAAUCGGAACACCUUGUUUAUUCUCGAUGGCGCCGUUAAAAGGUUCACUAGAAAUAUUCAAAGAAGCAGGAAUAAGUAACAUAAGAAAGAAAUCGUUGCAUAUUACCGUGUACUUAAUGUAUUUGGUUGAUAAAAAGUUGGUACAUUACGGGUUUAGUGUGGGUAAUCUUAGAGAAGAUGAGAAGAGAGGCGGCCAUGUAUCAAUCACACAUGAACAUGGUCAAAGAAUUACGUUAGCGUUAAAAAAUCGUGGUAUUGUGAUAGAUUUCAGAGAGCCAGAUAUAAUGCGCGUAGCUCCUAUAGCUUUGUACACGACUUAUGAACAAGUUUAUGAAUUUGUUGAAAUUUUGUUAGAUAUAAUGAAGAAUAAUGAAUAUUAA